AUCUCCUUCUACCAUCCACAGUCUCUCUCGUUUUCCCAUCCUCUUCCAUUGUUGCAGUUAUUUUCCAGAAAAUAUCUCCACUCGCGCUUCCAGCUUUGAGCGUUAAAGCAGAGAUAUGCUUCUUAAUUAAUCCCCAACUAUGGAUGGCUAAAUUAUUUUUACUCAAAUUUCAUUUUCCUAUAUGUUUUCUUUGGCUUGUUGCAAUCUUUUAAUGGAUAUAUCUCUUCGCAUAUUACUUCCAUGAUAUAUUACUUCUAUGAAAAAGUUGUUCCAUCCAAUGGAGUUCUUAUCUUUUGCUGGAGGUUUUCUUUUACCUGGUAUAUUUGACUGGCUACGUGAAAAGUUGAAUGAAUAUAUAAGUGAUCAGUUGAUUGGAUAUAUAAGUGAUCAGCUACAAAAUUCAGAGGAGGAAGUACGUGCCCAGAUGGAAAGCUGGAAGACUCUAUUGUCCAAAAUCACAGCUAUACUUCAACAUGCAGAAGAAAAUCAAGGCGCCAACAUGUUUGUGAAGUCAUAUCUUGAUGAUCUCAAGGACUUGGCUUAUGAUAUGGAGGACAUACUUGAAGAGUUUGUGAUUGAUGCCAGGAGUUGCAAAAAGACUACCGAGUCUUCUCUUCUUGAAGAUAUGGUGUUGGGUCGAGAUAGUUAUAAACAAGCUAUUCUUCAGAGGUUGCUAGAAGAUGGAGGUAGUCUCGAACAAGACUUUGUCAUUCCCAUUGUUGGAAUGGGUGGAAUAGGCAAGACAACUCUUGCUCGGCUCAUUUACAAUGAUGAAAAAUUGGAAGGCAAGUUUGACUUGAAGUCAUGGGUUUCUGUUGCCCAUGUAUUUGAUGUUCCAAAAAUAACAAGAACCAUUUUAGAACAGGUAACUAGUGGAAAGUGUGAUCUUGAUGAUUUUGAUUCACUUCAAACGAAAUUGAAAGAGGAGUUAUCUAGGCGCAAGUUUUUUCUUGUAUUGGAUGAUGUUUGGAAUAAGGAAUACGGCAAUUGGGAUAAAUUGAAGAGACCUUUCAUGUCAGGAGCACCUGGAAGUAAAAUAAUUGUCACAACUCGAAAUAAGGAUUUUGGGAUGAUGAUGAGAGGAGAUGUUGGAGUUUACAAUUUACAAUUGCUACAAGAUGAUGCUUGUUUGCCAUUAUUUACAUGGCAUGCACUGGGGAAAGAGAACCUUGAUGUGCACCUAGACCUACAAGAUGUUGGUGAGAAGCUUGUUGAGAGUGACAUAUGGAGUUUAUCAGAAGAUAGAAGUGGAAUUCUUCCUGCUUUGAGAUUGAGCUACAAUGAUCUUCCUUGUCACUUGAAGCGAUGCUUUGCUUAUUGUGCUUUGUUCCCUAAAGACUAUGAAUUUGACAAAAAGGAGUUGGUUUUGUUAUGGAUGGCUGAGGGCCUAUUACAACAACAGUCACGUGGAAAGAAGCAAAUGGAAGAGGAGAUCGGUCAUCAAUAUUUCCAAGAGUUGUUAUCAAGAUCACUCUUUCAACAAUCAAGCACAAAUAAAUCACACUUUGUGAUGCAUGACCUUAUAAAUGAUUUAGCUAUAGAUGUUGCUGGAGAAAUAUAUUGCAAUCUUGAACGUAGUAUGGACGCUUGGGAGGCCAACCUAGACAAGAUCCAUGGUUUGGAAGAAUUAGUCUUGGAGUGGACUGCUCUUGAUGAUGAAGAUGAAUCAGUCCUCGAAAUGCAAGUGCUCAUCAAUUGGUUAAAACCUCAUUCAAAUUUGAAAAGUCUCGAAAUUUCUUCUUAUGGUGGCCAAAGUUUCCCAAACUGGAUUUGUGAUCCAUCCUUGUUUUUGAAUUUAUCAUCCAUGGAGCUUAGGUAUUGUUCGAGAUGCACUUCGUUACCAUCACUUGGCCUACUACCUGUUCUCAAAAAAUUGAUUAUUGAAGGCAUGGAGGCAAUAGAAGCUGUAGGUCCUGAGUUUUAUGGGCGGCAUGACUCUUUUCGAUCACUGGAGGAACUGACAUUUCAAAACAUGUCAAAUUGGAAGGAAUGGACUUCUCUAACUGGAAGUGAAGGUGAAUUCCCUUGUCUUCGUAGGCUUGUGAUUUGUUGUUGUGCUAAGUUGUUAGGACUACCCAACAACCUUUCCUCACUUAAAGAGUUGGAGGUUUUACUCUGCGAAGCUAUGACUUGCUGGCCUACGAGUCUUCUAUCAUUGAAAGAGUUGUCUAUUGACUACUGCAACGGGGAGCUUUUGAAGAGCAUGGUUGAUCUCACUUCCCUCACUAACUUGGUAAUACAAAAUAUUGAAGGACCGACUUGCUUGCCUAUGAGUGUGAGUCUUCCAUCAUUGAAAGAGUUGUAUAUUGGACACUGCAAUGGGGUGCUUUUUAAGAGCAUGGUUGAUCUCACUUCCCUCACUGACUUGAGCAUAGAGAAUAUUGUAGAACCGACUUGCUUGCCUAUGAAUGUGAGUCUUCCAUCAUUGAAAGAGUUGUAUAUUGGACACUGCAAUGGGGUGCUUUUUAAGAGCUUGGUUGAUCUCACUUCCCUUACUAGCUUGAGUAUACAGGAUAUUGUAGAACUGACUUGCUUGCCUGAAAGUUUUACACAAUCCUUGACAGCACUUGAGACUUUGAAUAUUCAACGUUCCGAUGCAAUGACAAUGAAGGUGGAUGGAAGCAGUAGCAGCAACACUAGUAUGUUCAUGUCGAGACUAGAAAAGUUGGAAAUUCGGGGUUGUGAUUCUCUCAAGUCUUUUCCCGGAGGCAAAUUACCCAUCACGCUUAAAUUCUUGAACAUAGCAGACUGUAAAGGUCUUGAGUUUCUACCGGAUGCUGAUGGUGACAAUAAUAAUAGCAAUCUACAUUUGGAAAUAAGGAAUGUUCCAUGUUUGUAUUCUUCUGAGGGUUGUCAUCAGCUACCAGCGUUUCUCAAGAAAUUUACAGUUGAUAACGGUAGCGAGUGGUUGGAAUCAUUUCCAGAGAGGAUGUUGCAGCAGUACUGCCCUGGCAUCGAGUUCAUUUUAGAUGGGGGUUUGCCCCCAAACUUAACAGAGCUUCAAUUAUGGGGUUGUAAGAAUCUUAAGAGGGUGCCGAAUACAAUGUACCAGCUCACAUUGCUUCAGAGGCUAUCAAUCUCAGGUAGGGCUUUGACGAUAGGCCUCCAAAACCUUUUGUCUCUUCAAAAUUUGACAAUUGCGCAGAAAUUCCCUCUGGAUAUUGUGCUGCCUUCUUCUUUAACCUCUCUGAAGAUCUGGAAUGAAGAAAAUUUGGAAUCCAUACCUGGGGGGCUCUUCCAAAACCUAAGCUCCCUUAGUUACUUAUCAGUGAGGGACUGCCCGAAGCUACGAUCUUUGCCAAGGGAAGCCUUCCCUCCUUCGCUUGGGUACCUAUACAUCGGGAUGUGUCCGCAUCUAAAAAGACAGCGCUUUGAAGCGAAAGGAGACUACUGGACUCUCACCCACAACAUCCCCUACGUUGAGAUAAAUCAGAAUGAGGUAAUAAAAGCUAGUGUGAAUUGAAAUAGGCAUCACCAUUUUAUGCUUUUCAUAUGAGAAUUUAGAAAAAUCUUUAACAGAUAUGCAUUUCUUUGACUUCUGCUGCCUUUUCUUAUAUAUUUGGGUUGCUAGUGCUCUUGGUCUGGGAUCAUUACUCAAGCUACGAACCUUGUCAUCCCCAAUUGUUGAUAGGGUAAAUAAAGCCAAGCCACUCCU